AUGUCGGAAAAGGUUGAACCUAGCGACACCAUUGACAAAAUUCCAAAUGCUACAGAUGCCGUCCACGACAAUGACUUUAAUGACAAAGUUUCUUUGCAGGAUGUCGCAAGACAAUUGGGCGCGACCGUGGAGGAAGUAAUUGAAGCCCGAGACAGGGGUUCAUCCUUGUCUCAUGAGGAGAUACGACAACUGGCUGAGAGAAUCGUCCGGUCUCAUGCCCAUGACCCAAAUUUCCCGUCCGCUGCUCUGGAGAGAAUUCAAACAUUCCUCAUGGACACCGACCAGGCCGGUAAUACAAAGUUGGAUGCCAGGACGUACCACGAGUUGCGCAUUCAGAUUGCACUACUCACAAGCAAUUCUCCCUACGCCGAGGUCCGCGCCGUGGUGAAUGCCAGAGACGAUCCAUCUCUCCCCGUCGCUACCAUACGAGCUUGGACGAUAGGACUGUUCUUUGUCGUGGUCUUGGCCUUUGUCAACCAGCUCUUUUCUGUGCGCCAGCCGUCGAUUGGACUCGAUGCCGUCGUCGCUCAGCUUUUGUCGUACCCUCUGGGCAAGGCUGCUGAGAAGUUCCUCCCUGAUGUGGGGGUCACGCUCUUUGGCGUUCGGCAUAGCCUGAAUCCUGGGCCGUUCAACCAAAAAGAACAUAUGCUGAUAUCCAUCAUGGCUUCGGUCGGAAAAGUGCUACCAAGCUCUAGAUAUAUAAUCUUCACGCAGUGGCUCGAUGUCUAUUUUGGUCAACCAUAUGCCAAAUCAUUUCUGUAUCAGAUCGCGCUCGCCCUGUCCACAAAUCUCAUGGGCUACGGCCUCGCUGGCCUCACACGACGGUUCCUAGUUUACCCAAGCUUCUGUAUCUGGCCAAGAUCCUUGGUGACUAUUGCGUUAAAUAGCGCCCUCCACAAAGAUGACAAUCAUUCCGUGAUUGGGCCAUGGAACAAAGUGUGGACUAUUUCUCGCUACAGAUUCUUCAUGGCAUGUUUCGCAGGCAUGUUUGUGUAUUUCUGGUUCCCAGACUACAUCUUUACAGCUCUUAGCCUAUUCAACUGGAUCGCAUGGAUCCAACCAAACAACUUUACUCUAACCGCCAUCACCGGCAGUAAGAAGGGACUGGGGUUUAAUCCCUUGCCCACGUUUGACUGGAAUAUCAUCGCCCAUAGUAUUGACCCGCUACAGGUGCCAUUCCACGUAACAGCCAACUUUGUCUCGGGGACACUGAUUGGCGCCGUCUUCAUUAUCGGCAUUUACUGGACCAAUACAUGGAACACUGCGUAUUUGCCCAUCAACUCGAAUACCAUGUACAAUCAUUUCGGAGGUUCCUACAAUGUAAGCAAGAUACUUGACUCAAAGGGGUGGCUCGUUGAGGCACAAUACCAAGCCUAUUCGCCCGUUUACCUUGCCGCCAGCAGUCUCACAAUGUACUACUUCUUUUUCGCCGCCUAUGCUGCCACUAUUUCGUACGCCUACUUCUUCCAUGCGGACGACAUCAAACUUGGAUUUCGUAGUCUCAUUCGCGGAUGGAAUUCCAGUUGGUCCGAUGACUUUCAGGACAUUCACAGCAGACUCAUGUCAGUCUAUCGAGAAGUACCCGAGUGGUGGUAUGCCAUAUUCAAUGUCAUCGCCAUUGGUCUUGGAUGUGCUGCUGUUGCCGGGUACCCGACUUAUACCAAUGUUGGCGUGGUUUUCUUUGGGAUUGCGCUGGCAUUGGUCUUUGUUCUCCCCACGGGCAUCAUCAAGGCCACGACUGGGAUCGAAGUCGAGUACAAUGUGCUGGCAGAGUUCAUAGGUGGAGCAUGGAUGCCGGGCAAUGCACUGGCCAUGAACUUUUUCAAAUGUUUCGGAUAUGUCACGACGGCGCAUGCGCUUGAUUUCGCGAAUGAUCUCAAAUUGGCGCAUUAUGUCAAGAUUCCUCCCCGGCAGACCUUUUGGGCGCAGGUCAUAGCAACUAUUGUCUCAGCCUUUGUUUGCACAGGUGUCAUGAACUUUCAGAUUACUAGCAUUCCCGACUUGUGCUCUUCGUACGUUUUCAAAAGAAAAGACCCCCUCAUUGUCUUGAGCUGA